AUGACAGUUGUCGGAGUUCCCGGUACUGAAUGCCUGUUUGGUGGAAUAUGCUCUGGCGGUUCGAUUUGUAUAGAUGUUCUUUGUUUAUGUGUUGAUGGGGAACGCGAGUUCGAAGGACAAUGUGUUGAGAAGUCUGUGUAUGACUCAAGAAUUAAAGAAUCUGAAUCCUUUCAAGAUGACAAACUUGAACAGCUGCCAGCAAUUGGUCUAGCUGGACAUCCGUGUGGUCAGGGUGGCGUAUGUAGACCGUCUACAAAAUGUAUCGAAGGAACGUGCAAGUGUAGACAGGGUUAUAAUCCAUCGUUUGGAGAGUGUGUCCGUGAUUUGAAUGUUCCUCGUCACAUUCCACGUGCCUUCAUUCCAAACCACAGGUCCAUUUUGCGAUUUCCGUCUUGA